CCAGAGGCCGCCUGGCUGUGUAACCGUGGUUACCGUGACAGAUGCAUUAUGGGAUGUACACAUGGCAGCUUUCAAUGAAGGAAUGUGAGAAAACAAAACGAGGAAACCUUCAAAGCUUCGCGGUGUUACAGGAGCUUUCGGGACACCGCGGGAGGUGCUGCGACUCCUUGUGGACAUAUUAAAUCAACCCAACCUGUCUGGUCAGAACCGCCGCAGCCGCCAUGCCUGGUGAUGAUAAACCACAACAGACCCGGCAAAGGAAGAAGAACAAAAAGUCCCGAUCCAAUAGGAAGAGUCCUACUGGGAGUCCCACUGCCCGUCUUCCAAACGUCCUAGAUGCACAAGAUGACCUCAUAUCAUCCCAGCUUCUCCAGCCAUCCCCUAAAAAGGUGCCAGAGGAGAGGCCCAAAGUGGAGGAGUCGGCCAUUGCUAUCUGUCUCCAGGUGCUCUUCCCCUACCUGCUGGCUGGGAUGGGGAUGGUGAUGGCCGGCAUGGUGCUGGACAAUGUACAGCACUGGGAGGUGUUCAAGGUGAUAACGGAGGUUUUCAUCCUGGUUCCGGCUCUCGUCGGCCUCAAAGGAAACCUGGAGAUGACCCUGGCUGCGCGGCUCUCCACCGCCGCCAACACAGGCCAAAUGGAUGAUCCAGACAAACAAUGGACCAUGGUGUGCAGCAACCUGGCUCUCAUUCAGGUCCAGGCCACGGUGGUCGGCUUCCUGGCGGCAGUGGCAGCCGUCUGCUUGGGUGCGAUCUCCAGAGGAGGAGUAGAGCUGGACCAGGCGGCCGUCCUGUGUGCCAGCAGCAUCACCACUGCCUUUGUAGCUGCUCUGUCCCUGGGCCUGGUGAUGAUAGGAGUGAUCAUCGGCUCCAGGAAGGUGGGAAUCAACCCGGACAAUGUGGCCACGCCCAUCGCCGCCAGCCUGGGGGAUUUGAUCACGCUGUCCCUGCUGGCCGGGGUCAGCAGCACGCUCUACCAGUAUAAAGACCUCUGGUACCUGUCCCCGUCGGUGUGCCUGAUGUUCCUGGCUCUGAUCCCGCUGUGGGUGGUGUUGGCCCGACAGAGUCCGCAGAUCAAAGAGGUUCUCCGCUCUGGCUGGCAGCCUGUCAUAGUAGCCAUGUCCAUUAGCAGUUUUGGGGGCCUUAUCCUGGACAAGACAGUGAGUGACCCCAACUUUGAGGGGAUGGCUGUCUUUACACCUGUUAUUAACGGAGUGGGUGGAAACCUGGUGGCCAUCCAGGCCAGCAGGAUUUCAACAUACCUUCACAUCUGGAGCGCUCCAGGUGUUCUGCCCAGCAAGAUGAGCCAACACUGGCCCAAUCCCUGCGUCAGCUUCUUUUCUUCAGGAGUGAACUCGAAGUCAGCGCGUGUGCUGCUGCUGCUGGUCGUACCCGGGCACCUGGUCUUCCUCUACGCCAUCUCUCUGCUGCAGGGAGAGGAGGCUCCCAUCACCACAGCCUUCACCAUCUGCUACCUGUGUGCGGCUCUGCUCCAGGUAGCCAUUCUUCUAUACGUAGCCGAUCUCAUCGUCCGUCUGAUGUGGAGACGAAGUCUGGAUCCCGACAACUUCUCCAUCCCGUACUUGACCGCUCUGGGGGACCUGCUGGGAACCGGCUUCCUGGCCCUCUGCUUCCGCUGCGUCUCAAUGAUUCACAGUUUGGGCCUGUGAAGUUUUUCCCACUAAUCACCGAACAAACGCUGAGAUAAUACCUGUCUUACUGCACCACUUUUUUUUUCUUCUAAAGCAAUUUUGAGAGUUUCUCCUGAUGUUGAUCACUGAGCCAGUUCAAACUGAAGCGCUACCAACCCAGGCCUUUACUUUGUCUCUCUAGAGGAACAGCAGUCGAGUCCCUGCGGUGAGCAGUUGGCCUCAGUUUGGAGUUGGGUUUACAGAAAAGACUUAAAACUGCCAUCUUUAGGCGCCGAUCUAUACAUGUAUGCUGGAGGACAUACAAGUUGCUACACACUAAUUGGAUUGAACAUGAGCGAACAGUUAAGUUUGCGUUAUAACUCACCUGUCCCGGUGCAAUGGGGAUGUUUCUGUAUCUCCUUCAUGAACUCUUAUCUCAUUAAAAAAAUAAAAUAAGAGCUCUAUCAUAAUAGAGAUGUACAACAGAGGUUAUAUAAAAUGUAAAUGGCCAUUGUAGAAGAAAUGUUAAAUAAAUGAUGGAUCAUGUCAGAUUAGUUCUUUAGUUGAAGACGUUGACCAUUAUUCCAUUUAAUCUUUGUCCCUAUUUUCCAUCAUGGCUGCAUCUGUGGCUCUAUUGGCUCCAGGCUCCACUCAUUUUCUUGUUGUCAUCCUUUUACGCUGCAUUUUCCUCCAUAGUAACAACCUGGUUGAAAUAAAAUUCUUCAAUAGGUCAGACUGGUACUUGACUACCACGUUUAAAAUCCAAUAAACCGCUGACUUCGGAGAUUGUGACGCACUAAAUGUUGCUUUUAAAUCCGUGCCAGUGGUAGCUGUGACAUUUCUGGGGUCUGCUUGUGGCUCUUGGCAGCAGUUUUGUGCUUUUCAUACUGCAUAUGUCUGUCUACAACCUUAGCGGUGUAGUGCCAAACUUCUUUACUCAAAAUGUACGUAGCAUUGUACGGGUUAGCUACAGAAGUGAGUUAAUGGCUCACAUCGUUCAGUCAAGUGGAGAUGAAUUUCUCUCCCAACAGCUAGCUACUAGGAGCCUCAACCAGCUGGAGCGAAGGAGCAGUCCUCCAGACGCUCUCAGACAGUUUCAGGUCAGAGGGUUAGUGGCCCUCCAUGUCCUCUACAGGAGUGGUCAACCAUACUGACUACUCUGUACCACAGUGAGAAGGUAAAACCUUUUUACCGACACAAAAAAGAACGACUGAUAUGUAGCUGUUCUCAGAAAGGAAGAGCAGAGCAAAACUCAACAGAAGGAAAGUUCUUGACUCAUAAAUGUUGAAGCACACUCUUGUUGUUACACACAAACUCUCAGACUCAUGAAAUGAAAAGUUUGUCUUUAGAGAAAGAACAGGACACACUAAAAGUCAAAUCAACCACUUUAUCUGAUGAAACCAGGGAUUUCUUCAUUAUGUACAGCUUCUCUAGUUUCUGUUCUCUUUGGCAGAUUUAUUUUAUUAGCAAGUUCAGUGAAACUUUGAGUGGGGAGAGAUAUAUUUGGCCUCACAUAUUAGGGAACUUCCUCUGAAAGCAGAAGCUGGAGCUUCUCUAAAAAAAUCCAUGUUUGCCGUCAGCCAAUCGAAGCAGGCAGCGUUCACCACUUCUCUGACCGUCUCCUUGGUAGCACCAAAAGUGAGAAAGAAUCUGAUUGGAUAUAAAAUUACUAAACAAGAUAAUUCAAGCUCAUUUCACUGUAUUUGUCCAGAAAUGUAGUUCAAACGAAUCAGGCUUUCUCAGCCAACCAGUUCAAUUAAAGUGGACUAAAUAGGACUGCUUUGAAUUCAUCCUUAAUCAGAAGGAAGUCAUGUUUUUGUAGUUUCUCCUUGUUCCAAACAAGCCAUGUUUCUAAGUUUACAUUGAAGUCACAAAUGGAAGACUUUUGGAUUCAGAACAUAGUUCAGCCUUUUUCCAUCAACAUGUAUCUACCAACAGAGCUUUGCUAAGACAACAAUGACCUGGAACUGAUUUAGUUUCUUUUUAUUCUCUCACUGAUCUCUGUUCCAUGUAGUUCUAACCUUCAUUUCAACCUAUUUCACCAACUGUACAACAUUUGAAUAUUUCAGUUUUUCUGCUGUGAUUUAAUUCAUUUAACAACACUAAAUUAAGAUGUUUUCAGCUUUUGUUUGAGUGUUGACAUGGAGCGUUAAAGAAGCUCAAAUCUCAGAACCAUUAAAAUCUCAUAUGUUUACAUACACUCAUUUUUCAAAGAUGCUUACAGAAGAAAUCUAUGCCAGUUCUUACUUGACAGUGCUGUGAAAAAGUAUUGAACCCUUUACAGGUUUCUGAUUUUUCUGCUUUUAUGUUGUCAAAAAGUGAAAAGAGGAAAAGUGAGUGAAUUCAUUAUUUUAUAAGAGACGUGAUUCUAUUUUCACAAAGGGCCAAGUUGGUUUGGAUAGAUUGUUUUUCUUAGAAACUGAAACAAUCAUUUAAAAAUGGCAUAUUAUAUCUACUUAUACUAUCCUUGGUUUAUAUUUGCUUGAUCUUAAACAAUUAUUUGUGACAAAAACAAAAACAGAAGAAAUCUGGAAGGGAGCAAUGACUCUCUCACUACACUAUACAUUAUAGGAUUUGCACAAGUUUCACACUGAAUUACUUUUGUAGAUCUCAGGUCAGAUUCAGGACUCGUCUGUUUCCAUCCCAUCGUCCACCAGAUGCUUGAUUAGAUUAUUAUUAGAUUAACCUGAAGUGGAACUAGGGCUGAGCAAUAACUCAGACUAAUUAAGCAAAUGUAUUUGUUUCUGAGUAUUUAAUUGUUGAAAAAUCUGGAUUUUUUUCACACAUGCACUCCUUGGGUUUCCGUAGUUCAGUCAUGUGAGCGUCUAAUUAUUUGGAACUUGAAUUCAGGUCAAUUUACAGAACAGAUGACUGAUACUAAAGCCAGUUUUCACAAAUAUGUUUUUGUAACUGGUCAUUUAUUCUUGAGAAAAUAAUUUGGGGGGGAAAAAACUUUCAAUUAAAAUCAAAAAUUUGGUAUAUAAAAAAAGGUUUUCUUAGCCAGAUCGCCAUGGUCUAACUGGAAGGAAAAUUAUCAAAACACAAUAUUUUUUUUUUCUAUUUUUUGUUUGUUUGCUUUUUUUCAGGUAUGUUUGAUACAUGAAAAGUUGCAAAAAAACUUUUCUAUGCUUGAUGUGGCUGCUUAAUGCUAAAUAAGCAGGAAAUAUGUCAGAGGAAUAUUUUUAGAUAACUCGUUUUACGAGGCAUUAAAAACUGCAGAAAUUAGACAUCACUUACCUUCCACAUGUGUGGAGUACAUUGCAAAUGCAAAGUGGGGUUUUCUGGCAAGGUUUUGCACACAUUUGCAAUGGAAAGACAGCUACUGAUCAUUGCAGUACUUUGUGACAAAGUAUUUAAUUGAGUAUACUUUGUUUGUGUUUCACCUAACUUUACCCUCGUAGUCUUGCAGAAUAAGAGGAAGAAUUUGGAGUAACAGGCCAGUAAAAGCCAGACUUGUGCAGCUCUAUUUAUCUGUAGCAUCAAGUUGCCUUGAAAUCAAAAUGAAUGUCAGCUGUAUUGUUACUUAAUCUAAUCUAAUUUUGUUAAGUGUUUGAAAUGUUGCAACAGUUUUUUGCUUUCUGUAGGCAAAACUUUGUACUGAAUUUAAAUGUUGACACUGCCACAUGAUUAUGAGAAGGUCUUUCUAAAUGUAUUCACCUCAGCUGCCAGUGCUGUCUCAUGUCUUACAUGUAAAUGGUUUUAUUUUAAUAAAAAAACAACUGUCUUUUAGGUGUUUUGCUUCCCCACCAUCACCUGUGUAAGCUUAAGUGGGUAGUGAAAGCAAGAAAGUAGAACAUUGUAUUUUCAUUGUUUGAUUUAAUAAAGCAUAUCUGGUGGUGAGAGUUAA